AUGAGUCGGUUUGCCACCCUGUUUGGACUGCUUGCGCUGACCGCACAUCACGCACUCGCCGACUGGCAGUACCGCUCACGGCCGGACCUCUCGCCGCCGCGCCUCAACAUCACCAUCCCCGCCACCGACGACGUCGCGCCCGGCUACAUCUUCGUGACGCCGUACCCGGCAUCCAACGGCCCGCACGCCGCCCCCGAACAGCCCGCCGCGUACAUCUUCCGCAACGACGGGGACCUGGUCUGGAGCAGCCUCGGCUACUUUGCCGGCUGGGUGGGCAACUUCCAGGUGACAAAGUACAGGGGGCAGGCGGUGCUGCAGGCGUUCCAGGGCACGCUCGACCCGCUCCACGGCCACGGCUACGGCACGGUAGCACUGCUCGACGAGACGUACCGCCCCGUUGCCAGCCUGCAGAGCCUGCACAAGUUGGUGUCGAUCCACGAGUUUCGGAUUGUCAACGAGAAGACGGCGCUGGUCGAGAUCUACCAGCCCACGCCGUACAAUCUCGGGCCGUACGGCGGCGCCGAGGACCAGCAGUGGAUUGUCGACGGCGUGUGGCAGGAACUCGAUAUUGAGACCGGCGAGCUGCUGUUCGAAGGGCACUCGCUUGAUUUUGCCGAUCCCGCCGACAGCGCCACCCCCCUCCGCGGCAGCACGGGCACCACGAGCGGCGAGGCGUGGGACUACUUCCACCUCAACAGCAUCGACAAGGACGACGAAGGCAACUACCUGUUGUCAGGCCGGCACACGAGCACCAUCUACAAGGUAUCCGGGCGCGACGGCACACUGAUCUGGCAGCUGGGCGGACGCAACUCGUCCUUUACCCUGCUUCCCCGAACCAACAACAACAACAACAACAACAACAACAACAACAACGACAACCCAGAAGAAAGCAGCACCGCGUUCGCCUUCCAGCACGACGCGCGCUUCCUGGGGCGCUCGGCCGCCGGCGCGCUAGAAACCAUUUCCUUCUUCGAUAACAGCGCUGCUAGCUCUUCGUCGCCGUCGGCGUCAUCGUCGAGCGCGCGCAUCGUGCAGCUGAACCACACGGCUGUGCCCCGCACGGCGCGCGAGCUGCACCGCUUCCGCGCGCCCGGCGGCCUGGCCGCUGCCUCGCAGGGCAACGCGCAGGUGCUGCUAGCAGAAAACGGGGACGCGGGCGGCGUGUUCGUCAACUGGGGCAGCUGCGGCGCGGUGUCCGAGUUUCGAGCCGGUGCCGAUGGUGGCAAUGAUGUAGCGCCCGUGUUCCACGCGUUCCUAGACGCCGCGGGCGCCGUGCAGAGCUACCGCGGCUUCCGCUUCGCGUGGGCGGGCCGCUCGCGCGAGGCGCCGGCGCUGGUGGCGCUCUGGGGCCGGGAAGCGGGCAAGGCUGUGGCGCAUGUCUCGUGGAACGGCGAUACGGUAGCCCGCGAGUGGGUGUUUUAUGCCGAGGCGGUGGGAGAGGAGGGAGCCGUAGCGCGUAGGCUAGGGGCUAAGCCGAAGCUGUCGUUUGAGACUACGUUUGAGGUUUCGGAGGAGGCCGUGAAGGUGUUGGGGUCGCGGUUUGUGGUUUUUGCGGUCGCGCUGGACGCUGCCGGCGAGGUCGUUGGGCGGUCGGGAAAGGUGCCUGUCAGGGAUGAUGUCCACGGAGGAGCUGGACAGGAGAAUGGGUUUGAUGCGGUAAUUCAAGGGGCGGUUGAGCAGUCGGUUUUCGGGGACUCUGUGGCUGGCGACGGCGACCUUUAA